AGUUUAAGACAUUAUUUAGGGGACUAAAACAUUUUUUGUUAUCUUAUUUUUAUUUUUUGACCAAUGAAAAUAUGCCACGUGUACAUUUUUUAAAAUUUUUUAUUAAUUUUUCUAAAUGAAGGUAAUAGAUUAUUUAAUUCAAAAUUAGAGAUUGGGAUCAUUUUAGGAAGUACGGCAGAGUGUUCAUUGAAAAAAAAAAGUGUGAUUGGAGAGAGAGAGAGAGAGAAUGGAAGGCAGUUCAAUGAAGAUGAGUCCAGUUGAGAAAGAGAAGGAGCUCUUUCAUGUAGUUCACAAAGUUCCUCCUGGUGAUGGUCCUUACGUUCGAGCCAAGCAUGCUCAGCUAGUUGAAAAGGAUCCAGCAGCAGCAAUAGUUUUGUUUUGGAAGGCUAUAAAUGCAGGAGAUAGAGUAGAGAGUGCCCUUAAAGACAUGGCUGUGAUAAUGAAGCAAUUGGAUAGGACUGAAGAGGCCAUUGAAGCUAUCAAGUCUUUUAGGGGCCUCUGCCCUAAACAAGCUCAAGAAUCACUUGAUAAUGUCCUCGUCGAUUUAUACAAGAAAUGUGGAGAAGUAGAUGAAGAAAUAAAGUUGUUGAAGCAGAAGCUUAGGUUAAUUUAUCAAGGAGAGGUCUUCAAUGGAAAACCCACAAAAACUGCACGCUCUCGUGGCAAGAAGUUUCAGGUCUCCAUUAAACAAGAAACUUCUAGGAUACUGGGGAACUUGGGCUGGGCCUAUAUGCGGAAAACAAACUACUUGGCAGCAGAGGUGGUGUAUCGAAAAGCCCAAAAGAUUUAUCCUGAUGCCAGCAAGGCCUGUAACCUGGGCCUUUGCCUAAUGAAACAGGCCCGGCACGAAGAGGCACGUUCAGUUCUUGAACAAAUAUUGCAAGGUAAACUUCCAGGAGCCGGUGAUAUCAAGUCAAGAAACCGAGCAGAGGACUUGUGGAGAGAACUGGACUCAUGGCAGCCUCCACCUCUAUCAUCGAAUCCUCCGGGCCUCGGUCUGGAAGACGAUGAUUUUGCUGAUGGGCUUGAGAGACUGAUAAACGAAUGGGCCCCCAAUAGAUCUAGAAGGCUUCCAAUAUUUGAAGAGAUCUCUGAAUUUAGAGAUGAGUUGGCCUGUUGAAUCCAUUUUGCACUUUUAGUUUUUACUCCCCGUCUUUUUACGGUUUGUGAAGUUGGGUUAUAGCCAUAGGUAGGAAGAAACUUGCAAAAUAAGGGGGCCUGUUACAAGUGCUUGUCGAUACUUCUGUACAUGGUACUCUGGGCUUGUUGUGUUGGGGAAAUGUACCCGUUUCCCUAAGUUAAUGUGUUGUUAGAGCGAAGUCCUCACUCGUGUGAGUUAUCGGACGAGCCGGGCUGACCUUGGGGUAAGGAUAGACUACCUAUAGUCCGAUCUAUCCUUCACUAGGCAAGCUUGUUGGGCAGACUUUAUGUAUAUAUAUUCAUUUUAAAAUGUAGCCACUUUUUUACCGUUGUUUUUGUUACCGAAGCACAAAAACC